GUUUUUUCUGAAACCAUCGAAACCUUUUUCUUCUACUAAUGAUGUGCUUUCUUGUGACCUGCCACGUAAAACAUCAAAUGGUGGAAGAAUUUCAGCGAGGCUUUUAGGGAAACAUCCGAUCGGGGUGGGGGUUUGUGAUGGGUGUGAGAGGAAAGUUCAGAGGUUGUAGUUUUGUUGUCUUUGUGUAAAGGAGUGGAGCUCGAUCUCACAUCACUCUUCCCUCUUCCCCGAGUCCUUUCUAAACUCUCCCCCUGGGUUUCUACCCUCCCGAACCUCUCCCCUUCUACCCUCACAACCCCAACCCUUCCCCCGAUCACAUAUUAGGGUUCGAAUCAGCUUCAUUUUAGUGACCAAAGAACCCCAGUUGUGUGCUGCAGGCUACACUCGAAGGUGCAGUUAUGGACUCCGGUGUGAUUGAAGGAGGACUCAAUGUCACACUUACCAUUAGGCUACUCAUGCAUGGAAAGGAAGUCGGAAGUAUUAUCGGAAAGAAAGGGGAAUCUGUGAAGAAAAUGAGAGAAGAGAGUGGGGCACGCAUCAACAUCUCUGAGGGCAACUGUCCCGAGAGGAUCAUCACUCUGGCUGGCCCAACCACAGCCAUUUUUAAAGCCUUUUCCAUGAUCAUCGAGAAGUUGGAAGAGGACAUAAGCAGCUCUAUGACAAACAGCACAGCUACCAGCAAACCACCAGUGACUCUCCGCAUUGUGGUGCCCGCCAGCCAGUGCGGCUCCCUCAUCGGAAAAGGUGGCUGCAAGAUCAAAGAAAUUCGAGAGUCUACCGGUGCUCAGGUCCAAGUGGCAGGAGAUAUGCUCCCUAACUCCACAGAGCGAGCCAUCACCAUUGCCGGGACUCCGCAGUCAAUAAUUGAGUGCGUAAAGCAGAUCUGUGUGGUGAUGCUUGAGUCUCCCCCUAAGGGUGUCACUAUACCUUACCGACCCAAGCCUUCAGGAUCGCCUGUCAUCUUCGCAGGUGGACAGGCAUACGCUGUUCAGGGUCAGCAUGCGAUUCCGCAGCCAGAUCUCACCAAGCUCCACCAGCUGGCCAUGCAGCAGAGUCCUUUCCCCAUCGCACCAAGCAACCAGGGCUUCACUGGGAUAGAUGCUUCUGCUCAGACGAGUUCUCAUGAGAUGACCAUUCCAAAUGAUCUCAUUGGAUGCAUCAUUGGGCGCCAAGGAGCCAAGAUCAACGAGAUCAGGCAAAUGUCUGGUGCCCAGAUUAAGAUCGCAAAUCCAGUGGAUGGAUCCACCGACCGCCAGGUCACCAUCACGGGUUCACCUGCCAGCAUCAGUCUGGCAGAGUACCUCAUCAAUGCCAGGCUCUCCUCUGAGGCCACAGGACUGUCAGCCAACUGAUAGGACACUGCAUCUGCACUAAAUCACAAUGUUAUCUCAUCGGCUAACAUAAAGCAGCCAAUGCAACUUAUUCAUCUUCAAAGAUUAUAUAUUAUACCGCCUCUUCCUCAUUUUUUUUUUUUUUUUUAAAUAAAUAGUGUCUGCCGGCACUGAUCUGAUCAGUUCAUUAUUUAUUUUCUAUCGGUUUGGUUUUAGUCAGAAAAAGACAAAGAAUUGGGUUUUUAAUCUCCUUUCUGAGCAGAGGUGGAGCUUUUUAAUUGAAUUGUUAGCUUUUGUUUUUUUUUAAUUAUAUAUAUUUUUUAAAAAUAUUUCGCUCUCUUUCCCUUUAGUCUUUCUUUGCCAGAGUAGGCUUGAAAAACUCUGAUAGGCAUUUAGUUUUAGUUCUGAACAGUCAGGAUUUUUCUUAAAAACAAAAAAGUGGGAAAAAAAAGCUAAUGUAUAAUAAAAAUGAGACCAGAGUAAUGGUUUUAUUCUGGAUUUUGGUUCCCCGGCUUUUUAUUUUGUUGGUUUUGUUUGCUCCUGAUUCCACCAGCCAGUCAGUCAGUCAGUCAGUCAGUCCUCUCUCUCUGUCCAUAACCCUUUGCUAUAAAGAUCAACAGCAAUCCUCCCUUUGCUGUGGUUUCCAAUGAAGUGCUCGUCGUCUGGAUAACACUCACGCCACUGAUGAGAAUACGUAGCUGUAUAUGCACUCUCACUGAAUAUAUUUGAUCAUGACAAAUGUUCUAACACUCUGAGGAAUUCGUUUCCAUUAUUUGGAAUAUGUAUUAAAACGCAUGUCACUUCUCCUUUACAUGUCAUUCCGUUUAUUUUUUUUUUGUGUUUUUUUUCCUCCUUCUUCCUGGUCCUAAGUUCAUGUGUUGAUAUUUUGCUCGUAUGGGAGGAUUUGGGGGAUUUGGGCUCAGGGCAAAGGAUCGGAAGCGGAGGGUCAUCCUCGCUUUUUUUGUAUAGACAUAUAUAUAAAUAUAUAUAUAUAUACUAAAACAAAAAAAAGUUGGAUUAUUUGUUUUAAAUCGAGGAAUUUUUUUUAAAACUACCAAAGGGGGGAAUCGACUCCUGGACGCUGAUUUGUUGAUAAAUGUGUUAGAAAUGAAACCAUGAAUGCUCUGGAACGAGUCAAAGAGAGGGUUGUGAGUUAACACUAGAUUCCUGCUCUUUGCUUUGCUAAAGUUUGUUUUUUCUUUAAUUUUAUUUCCAGGUAAGAAAAACUUUUGUGCACGAUUUUGAGACUGUAGAUCUGGGUGCCACAACAUUGUUUAAAAAAUGCAGAAAUAAAGAUGUGUAAUGCU